UUAAUGUCAUGUGGUUCGUGCGACAUGGUCUUUUAUUGUUCUACAGAGCAUCAAAUAAUGCAUCAAAGCUCGCAUAUGGAAGUCUGUGCAGUUAUUCCAUUUGCAAGAACAGAAGACUUGGAAUCGAACGCUCGUCCUUUUAACUCAGAUGAUGAAUGGAGGUCAUCUCGAAAGACAUUUAUGCAAGAAAUUCGGAUGAAAAUAACACGUGAUCUAAAGCCGUACGAGAAAGAGAUGAUAAUGUGCGCCAAAUCAUGUCUCAUUUGUCACCAACAGAUGGGACUGCGAACUUGCAGGACCUGCUAUUCCGCCAAUUAUUGUGACGAGCACCAAUGGGAUUUUAAAGAAAAACACGAGUUCAUGUGCUUGAAUUUAUUGGUACAUUUGAAUUUGAAUAUCUUACGUAUAAAUAACCUUAUAAAAUCGUAUUCACAUAAUGUACAAUUUUACAAUAUGAAAGAAGGUUGUGAUUACAUGUUUGCAUUUGGUAAUCGAUACAUUGUUGACCAACAUAAACUGUCGAAUGUUUGGUAUGCGGAUUGUUACAUAACGUCGAAUUAUGUAUCAGCUCCACUGACACUAUACUACGGGUUAAAGGAAUUCGCAAAUUUAUUUGAAGAAACACAGAUUUAUAGAGAUGAAUAUAAUCUUAAUCGACGCUUCAGACGCAGUUAUUUCUUUAUCGUACAUAUCAUAGGUGCGAGUUCAGCAGAUGUAGCGGGCUUACCAUCAUGGGAGAUUUUCUUACAUUUUUGCCAUGAAUUUAAUUCGGUUAAGAAAAUUAAGGAAUUAAGAGUUAUACUGGUUCAACCAGAAACGGAUUGUGACAGGAAUGAAUAUUACAAUGUUUGCACCAGAUGCGUCAUUGCAAAGAGGAAACUAUACCUUGGGAAUGCAAGUGUGUCAUAUGACGAUUAUAUUCGCACACAAUUGUAUAAAGAAGCAAAUAUCAUAAUUGCAUUUCAAGCAGAAUUUAAUGCGGGGAGUGCACCGUUUGAAAUUUUCCGCGCAACACAAGAUCGUAAAUGUCCGUUUUUUUUCACCACUGCGUCACAAAAUGAAGCAGAAGAGGGCAUAAUGAAGUUACAUGAAGUAAUGAAUGUUCCUAGAGAACAUCGUUCUGUAGAAAAUAAAUUUUGUAGUUAUAGACCUUUCAGAAUCUACGGGACUGGUGAAAUUUAUUAUCGUAAUACUUAUUUAGUUGUGUUCUCAUGAACUUAAAUAAUACAAGCGAGACAACAAGACAUUGAGUUAAUAUAUAACAACGUCCGGAAUUUUUUUCAGUUUGGGAACGGUUUCGAGGUUACACUUACUUACUAUACUUCCCUUUUCCACUCUAACUAGUUCGCAGGGUCAUAGGAUUAAUAAUUGCAUUGCUCUGCCUUAAGGCCAUCACACACAAAAUUACAUAGACGCAUAUGCAUAGCAUAAGAUCGCGAUUUUGAUUAUUAAGUCGCGAUAUUGAUGACUGAUGCUUAAUUUUCGAUGCCCAUUGGUCUAUACGAUCUUAUGCUAUGCAUAUGCGUUUAUGUAAUUUUGUGUGUGAUGGCCUUUAUGGCCGUUUAUACGAAGUUUAUAUUGUACGAAUAAAAUUUUAAUCGGCUGUUGAUAAGUGCCUCACAUAUGUUACACUAUCAAUGAUCCUAAGGCUUCGUUCUUCAGUUGAACUGAAACGGCAAAGUGUACCUGAGCCCGACAAAAAGUGAAGAUCAGUUAAUUUUCUCGUUAGUUUAAUCUUCAUUGUAAUUUUAUAUUCUUAUACUUGUAUUUCUAUACUUUGUUAUAAUUGUAUUUGCAAUUUAGUUAUAAAUGUAUCCGCAAUAUUUCAGCAUUAUUGUUUAUUACAUGUAAAUGUAUUUGAGAGCAUUCGAGUA